AUCAUAAUAUUAUUAUUCAUCGGCUCCACGAAGGCUGAUUAAUCUAGCCUUCGCGCGUCGAUCAUUAAAGCUGCAGUGGAGCAUCUAAUAAAAUGAAAUUAUAUUAAAUUAUGGCGUUUUAUCGACCGCCAAACAGCAACAGCAGUCGCGACGUUGAUAUCGUAUUACGUGGACGUAAUAAUAACGUCGUCAGUCUGAGCGCAACACCUUUAAUUUAUCAUUGAUUAUUUUAUUGUGACAAAAUAUAAUAUGAUUAACAGUGUAGCGUCUACCGAGUAAUAUAAUAUUCUAAUUGUGUCGUCGUUUUAGUUUGUGAUUGAAUAUUAUAAUAUAUUGUGUUUGUGGUAUUUUUUUUUUGUCAUGAUCUCAUAGUUCCCGAAGAAGGACGAAAAUAAUCGGUUUUAUUUUUCGUUUUCAUUAUUAUGAGAUCCGACGAGAUGGUGGAGGCGCUGUCGACCAGUUUUCAAAAUCUCUACAACAAGUACACCAGAUCGGAAAACGGGCCGCAGGACGGCGGCAGGCGCGAGGUGUACAUAGUGCCCGUGAACAAUAACACAACCGUCGUCGCCGACGACACUCAGAGUCAGUUCCUCUUGCAGCGACAUCGUCCGAAGGUUCGCAAGGCGUUCGUGUUCGACGCCAAAUACGUGUGCCAGGCGAAAACCCAGAGAUGGCAGAUCAUGAGACAGAGCAGACUGCGCGUGUCCACGGGACAGUGCUGUCCGGUCUGCAUACCCAACGUGACGUCGGGUAACGCAAAAGUCGUAUCAAAUUUAAAGAACUUAUUGGACAUAUACAACAUCAGUGCCACUCAAAAGUCGAUGUUCGGUUGUUUCGUUGACGAUUUAAAGUUUUUCUACCUGCUUAAAAGUCAAGAGUACAAAUACAUAUAUAACGAAGUUCUGGAAGACGAAGUUGUGAAGAGAGCAAUUGCUGCGGCUGCACGUAAUGCAUGUGCUGAUGAUGCGGUGGUUGGCGAUAGCCGUUUUGACGAAGAGAUGAGAACACAGCAAGCAAACACAAGACGUAUACUAACGAUCAUAAGCGCAAAUGUGAAAAAUUGGGUCUACAAGGUAAUCGGUUGGUUCACCUACCGUAUGAUCUCGUUGUUGGCCACCAGCCUCGUAGUCCAGCCCACCCAAAUUGAAAAGGUGAGGGAAGCAGAACAGAGUGGCUUACCCGUUAUUUAUUUACCAUUGCACAAAAGUCACAUGGACUAUAUACUUUUGGGAUUGGUGUUGACGGUAAAUAACAUCAAACCCCCUCUAGUAGCAGCUGGAGAGAACCUCAGGGUUUUUUUCAUUAGUAAACUGUUGAGUUUCUUGGGAGCAUUUUACAUCAAGAGACACGUAGAUACAAAAAAAGAUCAACUCUACUGGUCAGUUUUGAGCAGCUACAUUAAAAACAGUAUGAAAAAUGGACAUCAUAUAGAAUUCUUUUUAGAAGGUGCAAGAACUCGAAGUGGAAAGUGUUGCGUUCCUAAAGCUGGUUUAUUGAGUAUCAUAGUGGAAGCUUACCGAGAAAAAGUUAUUGAAGAUGCUUGGAUUGUACCCGUGUCUAUGAACUAUGACCGGAUAUUGGAAGGGAAUUUUGUCAGAGAACAACUUGGUCAACCAAAAAAGAAGGAAACUUUCUUCGCUGCAAUCUCGACAUUCAUUAAAGCUAUUUGUUCCCACUAUGGAAUAAUGAGGGUAGAUUUUAAUGAACCAUAUAGAUUACGGGAUUUGUAUGAAUCAAUUGAUAAAUUGACACAAUUAGAAAACGAAUCUUUACAAAAGAAUGGUAUGGAAAUGAUGUCUACAACUAUUCGCUAUAAAAAUACAGUUGACAGAAUGGCAAAACAUAUAGUUUAUGAUUGUUGGAAAUCAACUCCUAUUAUGUCAACGCAUGCAGUGUGCUUUUUACUUUUGAAUAAGCAUAGAAAUGGUACUACUUUAGAACAAUUGGCCAAAGAUUUAUCGAUGAUGCGUGAUAAACUUUCUCAAGCUGAUAGAGAUGUCGGUUUCAGUGGAAGUUCCAUAGAAGUUAUCAAACACGCACUUGAUCUUUUAGGGCCAAAAUUAGUUGUGUGUGAAAAUACUGACUCUGGCCGUAUUGUUAAACCAAUUCUUGAUGUACCAGCCUUAAUAGAACUGUCAUAUUACGGAAAUAAUCUUAUUUCCCAUUUUAUGCAUCAAUCAUUAGUUGCUCUCACAAUAUGUAAACUAGUCAAUCUGGACUUUUGGAACAAUGAUAUAACAGAAACAAAAAUCUCAAGAAAUGAAUUGAUUGAAGAUGUAUUAUUUCUUAUCAAUUUAUUGCAAUUUGAUUUUGUUUUUAUCAAACCUUGUGAUAGUCUGGAUAAUAUUGUGGAUAGAGUAAUUAGACGUUUUGAGGAAGAAGAAAUUAUUUUGAUAGAUUUGAUGCUUGAGGAAGAGAGGCGUAGCCAAACUAUUGCAAACAUGUUAGAUGGUGAUUCCGAUGAUGAUGAUUAUCAACAGCCAUAUGUCGAAAUCGAUGUUAAAUACCGUGUCAACACUAAUGAGAACAGUUUAAAUAAAUUAAAGUUUUAUCGAUCAGUUAUGAUGCCAUACUUAGAAUGCAUGGCUGAAAGUGCUGGAAGUUUUCUUGCUGUGUCAGAAAAUUCAGUGAUAGAACGUGAACACGUACAAACAAUUUUGAACCAAAUGCACGAGAAUUUGGAAGAAGGAAUCUUGUCUUAUGGCGAAAGUAUAUCUCUGGAUACCAUCAAACAUUCGUUUUUGGCUUUUGAAUUGUUCAACUGCCUACAAAUCACAACAAAAGACAAUGUUAAGACAUUGCAUAUUAUUAAUAAUCAACCCACUGAGUUAAAUCCAAGUAUGCAGGGCAUGUCAGAAUAUAUUGAACAAUUUGUUAAACAAAUAAAUUAAAACUGUAAAGUAUUGUAUGUUUAAUAAUGUUAACAUAAUUUAAAACUGAAUUGUACAGUUAUUCAAUUACAGUAAAUUGGACUAACUGGUUAAUGGAUUUAUCGUAAAAAGUUAUGUAGUUAAUAUGUACAUUUUUAAAUAUUUAUUAAAAGACAUUAAAAGCAGCACAAUAUUUAUGAAUUGGAUCACAUUGUUGUGUUAAACUAUGCUCAAACUAUGAUAUUCAAAAUAAUUUUUUGAUGUAAUUUUUUUUUUUGUCUUAAAAUAUUAAAUUUAAGAUAAUGUAUGUGUAAAUAUUUGUUAUUUUUAAUGUUAUAAAAUUGGGAUAUUAUAUUUAAAAAAUACUGUAAUUGUAUUAAAAAUUGUAUAAAAUCUAAACCUUCUAAAUCCAUCAAUGUACUCUACCAAAAGAUUAAUUAUGACACAAAAACCUUGUUUUGUACAUUUACAAUCAAUUUUCUUCUCCAAAUAAUUUUUUAAAAGUUGUUUUAUUAUUUUCAAAUAAAUUACUUAUUAACAAUGGAAGUAUGCCUAGUAUACUUAAUAUGAGCAAUGUUUUCUUUUUUUUUGUUUAUAUGUUUUUAUGAUGUGAUAUAAAGUUGUACCUAUUCGUUCACUAUUGACCAGAAUAAAAUAUGUAACUACAAUAA